AUGGCAAACUCUUCAGACGAGGACGAGUAUACUCGGCACGCGCCAUGGACUAAUCAGUUACGAUACAACAUUAACAUGAAGGACAACGACUAUCGCCUGUUCCAGGUGCUGUCACUUGGCAACCAGCUCCGCCCGGCGACCUGGGGAAUCACGAUUGUUCGCAUCGACUACAAAGCACCUCGGCAGCAACUGCUCAAUGCGCUGGCGUGUAUCAACGACGCCGUGCAGGCAGACUUGGGGGCCAAGCAGCCAUAUGCAUAUCGAAGAGAUUACGUGCGUCUCGAUGAUUUAGCACCAACCAAAAUGUGGCCGUCGUUGCGGAAAACCCGGCGCACCGUCCAGCCUGGAGACGAGCUGUUUGCACGAUACAGUAUGGAGGUUCUAAGUACGUACGACGGUCUGAACGAGGCCAGCGUCGACACCAUGCGGAGCAGAUUCCAGAGCUGGAUCAUGCAGAUGCAAGGCAACCCGCACGGCGGCGACAUGCGCUACGUUUUCUGCCUCAUCCUGGACGCCGACACGAUACAGACGCUCGACGACAUUUGGUGCCGGCGCUCUAGGGUACGGAGAGCCGCCGCACAACUGCAAACGCAGGUCCGAGUGCUGGACGCGAUGCCGGGCGGCGCGUGCGGCGGCGCGUACAAGGUCUACCUGCGAGGCGCGCAUGGGCUGGUCAAUUUCUGGUUCGCGCGCAACUUGCGCCGGCAGCCGCUGGAGGUUAUGCUGACGAGGCCGCGGAGCGGUGACGAUGACGCCAUGUGGUAUUUUGGGCCCGAGCCACAACCUGUAGAGGAUGGGGCCAACAGCCUUGUAAAGACGACGAUGGAGCUAGCGGAGGACGUUUGA